GCUUGCGCAGAAGAGCCUCCCGGGCUUUUAACUUCGGGUAUCGAAAGUUUCUUUCCGGAGCAAGGACCCCCAAGACGGAAGAGGAUGGCCGCGGCGGCUCUGAGGAGAUUUUGGUCCCGGCGCCGCGCAGAGGCGGGCGACGCUGCAGCGGCGAAGCCGGGAGUGUGGGCGCGGCUGGGGUCCUGGGCCCGCGCGCUGCUCCGGGACUACGCCGAGGCCUGCAGGGACGCGGCGGCGGAGGCUAGUGCCCGGCCGGGGCGCGCGGCCGUGUAUGUGGGGCUGCUGGGCGGCGCGGCGGCCUGCUUCACGCUGGCGCCGAGCGAGGGUGCUUUCGAGGAGGCGCUGCUGGAGGCGUCGGGGACCCUCCUGCUGCUGGCGCCGGCCACCCGCAACCGCGAGUCCGAAGCCUUCGUGCAGCGGCUGCUCUGGCUGCGGGGCCGUGGCCGCCUGCGCCACGUCAACCUAGGGCUCUGCUCCCUGGUGUACGAGGCGCCCUUCGACGCCCAGGCCAGCCUCUACCAGGCGCGCUGCCGCUACCUGCAACCCCGCUGGAGCGACUUCCCCGGCCGGGUCCUGGACGUGGGCUUCGUGGGUCGCUGGUGGGUGCUGGGGGCCCGGAUGCGCGACUGCGACAUCAACGACGACGAAUUCCUGCACCUGCCGGCGCAUUUGCGGGUGGUCGGGCCCCAGCAGCUGCAUUCCGAGACCAACGAGCGGCUCUUCGAUGAGAAGUACAAGCCUGUCGUGCUCACCGACGAUCAGGUGGACCAGGCGCUGUGGGAGGAGCAGGUCUUGCAGAAGGAAAAAAAGGACAGGCUCGCCCUGAGCCAGGCCCACUCGCUGGUGCAGGCGGAGGCCCCGAGAUGAAACCCUGAGGCCCCCGAGUCCUGGCAAACUGCUUGCCUGGGGUAGAGCAGCUGUGAGUGUGCCUCACCUGCAGAACAACUGAGACAGAUGAUGUGCAAAGUGUUUUCUCACUGGAUUUGCGCAAGUUUGGGGAGCCUUUCUGCCCCCCGUCUUUGUUCUUUAUUAGCUGAAGCUAAUGCCGAGCCACCUUGGUCCAGGAGUUGGGACAGCAGAACGACUUGACACAUGUUCAUCACUGGCAGAGCUGGUCAUGAGCCUUUUAUAUAAGCCUUUUUCAUUGGGCCUCAGAGGCCCUCCUUAAGGAGGUACCACAGUGGUCAGGUGACUUACAAACUCUUCUAAGACCACUUAGAUUCUCUUUUUAAAGUUUGGGUUGUGGCUUGGCGUGGUGAUGCACGUCUGUAAUCCCAGCAUUUUCCAAAUUGAGGCAAGAGGAUCGCUUGAGGCCAGCCCGAGUAACAUAGCAAGACUCCGACGCUACAAAAAAGAAUAAUAAUUAACUAAAUAAAAUUUGAGCUGAAAUGUUUUUAUUCU